ACAGAAAAAGAAGAAGACGCAGGAGCAAGAGAUGAGCGACGCGUACGAGCAGCAGUGAGUUGCUUCUUCUCCGUCCAGCACCGGAUGUUUCAUAUGCUUUGUGAGUUCACUCUGUGAGGGUCAGCACCCUCAGGGGUGGAAUGAUCUGCAGAAUCCUAACCUAGCAAGGCCGGCGGCUUCAGUGGAAACCUAAACUGGGACCAGCACUCUCAUGUUCCUGCACAGCAGUAAAUAGCUCUGUUUAACACCACUGUUGCACAGUCACAAACAAGAGGCUUUCCACCAUGGAGGGUGUGGCAGUGGACAACCUAAUAGACUUCGACCUACCGUCAGAGACCAAGACUCUCAACAUAGAUGGAGGGCAACACCAAGGACACACAGACAUUUUCUCCCCAGAGCCAGCUUCUUCCACAGGAGUCCACCAGCUGCCAGAGCCCAUGGCUCCAACCAAGCCCAACUCCCACCACCAGUCAGAGGAGGGAAACAACGACAGUGAUGCUACAGAGUCGGCAGACAGUGAAAAUGACAUGGACCCGCCCUCUCAUGAAUGGGAACUAAGAAGGUCGUCGUCUUCGUCGGCUCACAGCGGGGAGGAAGCCGACGCCGAGACGGUGGAGAGGAGGCAGUUCAUGAAGACGUAUGUGGAGAAGGUGUUUCAUGGAAAAGAGGACUUUGACCAAGAGGAGAAGGCUCGUUUUGGAGAGUUGUGCAGUGGAGAGAAUGGAAAAGGCAGGGAGUGGUUUGCCAAGUAUGUCAGCGCUCAGCGCUGCCACUCCAAAUGUGUGAGCGAGGCCACCUUCUACAGACUCGUGCAGUCUUUUGCAGUUGUGCUAUUUGAGUGUUACCAGAUGGACGACUACAGCCCGGCAAAAAACCUCAUGACCAUGUGCUUCACUUAUUAUUACGUUGGAAAGUCUCAGCCAUCUCCCUCGGAGCUGUUGGAUCGCGGUGGUGCUCCAGCUGGUCUGGACUCUUAUCUCAACAAGGCUAACACCUGGCUGUCAGGGAAGAAGGACGCUGCCGAGCGCCUCCUUAAACACACGUCCAAGACUGACGUCAAAGGCUUCUUUGGGGGCCUGGAGAGCAAGCUGAGAAGCUCAGUGGCUCCCAAGUCUGAUGAUGGGGAAAAUCCGGGGGAGACGAAGCCUAAAUCACCAGUGUCAGGCGCUCCAGAGGAAAAGAAAGGGGAAAAGGUGUACCUGUACACUCACCUGAAGCAGCAACCUAUCUGGCACACGCUGAGAUUUUGGAACGCCGCCUUUUUUGAUGCUGUCCAUUGUGAGAGGAAGAAAAGAUCUCCGACCACGAGGGGAACGCAGGAUGAAGAGAAAGAUGUGAGGGAGAAGUGGUGUCACAUGACUGAUGAGGAGAAGAAGGACAGCUACAAAAUCGAUGAGAACAUCGCCUUUGGCCAGCUGGGGACAUUCACUCACAACAUGCUGGCGUUUGGUCUGAGUAGGAAGCUCUGCAAUGACUUCCUGAAGAAGCAGGCAGUUAUUGGGAACCUGAAUGAAGAACAGUACAAGCUGCUGACUGAGCACAUAGAGCGAAUGGCAGCAGAGUGAGUUUGAGAGUGACUGGCUGCAUCUCAAAGCCUCCACGUGACAAUCUGACAGCACACAGCAACACAUCAGCCGUUUCCUUCCAGCUCCACGUCGCUCUAUCCGACUCUCUGCCUCUUUUUUCUUUUUUUUAAAUUUCCUGCUGCUUUUGUGUGGUGCGCUGCUGAAAAACAACACGACCUGCUGUACUGAGCUGUGCCAUACCUGUAGCAAAACCCUUCCAUCUGCACCGUGUGCUGGAUCAGCAAUAAUAAGGCCAUCGUUACUUUAAUAUUUAUAAUAGUCGUGUGUCUGUGACCUGGUAGAUCUGUCCGUGACGUUAACUAAAGGAAUAAACCAUCCAGUAUAAGCCUCAAACAGCCUCAGAUACACUGGAUUUAUGUAUUACACCAGUGACGUGUAUGUUACGUAUCCUAUAUGCUGUUUAUUCUGUGUUUCUCAGUGACCAUAUUUAUUAUAGGAAGAAGUCAAGCAACCUGUCUAUCAGCAUUAAUGGCAAUAAGAAUUCAUUGUGCUCUAAUCUGCUGUUCAGGUGGCUUUAGGUCAGUUUUUAUUCCUCGAAACUUUAUUGUGCAUUUUUUUUCUGUAAAUACACAAAAACUGUUUCAUAAAAUUUACAUUUAAGCAAAACUUUAUUGCAAUAUUUUCCCAUGCAUUCUCUUUAGGGCAGUGCGCACAAAGAUGGUGCACGCAACAAUUAACACUGCAAACCAAUAACUCGGUUUUAGUAAACGGGGUCGCUUCACUUAGCAUUUGGCUAAAAAGCUAACUUUUGGAUCUGCUAGCACAUCUUUUGUUCUUCUCAUUGUAACACAAAAGAGCUAAAGAGCUAACCUGGCUUAGAUUAUAGGUGACAUCAUCAAUCAACAACUAUAUUUUUCUUUAAAACGACAAUGUUUUCAAUUUUUGCAAUGAAAUAAGCAUAAAUGAUAUAACUUCCUAAAGAAGCUGCACAGGCAUCCGCUUCCUUUAUGUCACGCUAGCUCGAGCAGCAGUUACAGACGGUGGUAACAACCACAGUUACAACCUUACUCAAUGAAUCCAUUCUCAAAGCUGUAAAUUAAAUAUGAAGUCGCAACAACAGCAAUGAUUGGGUUAUGAUUGGGUUAACUUAGCUACAGAAACGAGAAACAGAAGCCUGCUGUUGACCAAACAUGGCAAACCGCCUUCCAGCUCCUCUCCUCAGCUCACUGAAGAUCAUAUCAAGUUAUUUAUCGAUGCGAAAAGGUCGAUAUAACAAUGAUUUGUGGCUUUAUGCUAAGCUAACCAUCUUUUGCCUCUAAUUUAUGUGAAAUGAUUAUUUAAUCCUUUUGUUUUUCACUUCAAGAUUCACACAUUUGCAAUUCAGAGAUGCUGAUUUUGUUUAUCUAUUUAUUUUGUUUUACUGUUAUUAUUACUGUAACUGUGGGACUCCUUAUCUUUCCAAAGUGCCUUCUGUCCAUAUCAGCAUCCUUUUCCUUAUCCUGUUAUUCUACCCUCACUCAGCUGACCAAACAUUCGUACCCGCUCCUCUGCUGUUUGUGUCUUCAGUGAUGGACAUGUGUUGUGGUCUGUUUCCAUGUGGCUGUAAUGUAACAUUAAUAUCAUUUAAGCAUGUUGCCUGUUUCUGGUGCAUGUGCGUCCAUAUGACAUUUGUAUUACUUUAGUCUGCCACUGUGGGGCAGCAUUGUCUGCACUUCUCAGUGGGAGAAUUUAAACAGGAAUAUAUGAAGGUUUUAAAGUCAGGCUGACACAUUCAUGUGGGAUGAAUCCCAUUUUUGUCCAAUAGUGAAGUUAUUAUGUAUAUAUUGCAUAUUUCUCUGUAUGCUGUUGUUGUUUAAUUGUAAAGGUAUAAAUCAUAGAUGUAAUUGUGAACCUUGACCUUAGUCUGAUUGUAAUGUGACCCUGAAGUGCCCCCCUGGACAUCCCAGCUGUGUUCAUGUGUGCAGAUACUGAUGUUGUUGUUAAAUGUGAAUCAUUCGUUAAUAGCAAUCUUGAUCAACGUGCAUAACUGACGUCUUUGCAAAUCCUCCAAACCCAUUUUUCCCCACGUUCUUAGACUGUGUGCACACUGACUUAACCAUUGUGCUUGUCCCCAUGUUCCAGCUUUAAAUGCUCUGAUUUUUAAUAUUACCCUUUGGUUGUGCUUCUUAGCCAAGCAUGAGCAAUUUGCACUACACUUAUUCUAACAUAUCCCUCUAGAGACAAAUUGAGGUGUAAGUGAAGGUACAGAGCCCCAAACUGUUCAGUGGUAAGCGAAUUUAAAACAACUUAUAAAGUGAAUAAACUGUGUAAGUGAUAUAAAUGAA